UUAUUUUAAUGCAUCGACUCUUUUCAUUACAUUCGAUAUUACAAAUGUUUAUACAAUGUUACCACAAGAAGAAUCAUUAGCUAUGCUUGCUGAAUUUCUUCGUGUACAUAAUUGUGAAAGAGUCAAUGGUCUUUCAAUUGAUACUAUUGUUGAAUUAGCUCGUGUGGUACUUCAAGCAAAUGCUUUUGUCUGUGGUAAUAAAUUUUAUCGACAAAUGAUUGGUGGUGCUAUGGGAUCAGCAUUUACUUUAACAUUAGCAAAUAUCUUCAUGUGGAAAUGGGAAAGACAAACUAUUUUACCAAAAUUAGGUUCUCAUGAGAUAUAUGGCCGUUAUAUUGAUGAUGUUUUCUUUACAUGUAACCAAUCAGAAGAUAAGGUGAAAGAAUUAUUAGAAGCAGCAAAUAAUUUUCAUCCAAAUAUUAAAUUAGAAUAUAAGAUUGGUAAAAGUGUUCCAUUCCUCGAUGUUUUGGUUAAGAACAACAAUGGUAUUCUGGCAUCAUCGGUCUAUCAUAAACCUUCAACUCAACCAACAGUCGUAUCAUUUUUAUCCGAUCAUCCACGACAUGUAUUUCAAAAUGUAAUUCAUACGGCUCUCACUAGAGCUGUACGAUAUUCAUCAUCAUUUGAAGUAUUUAAUAACGAACGACGUGCUAUUCGUUUAAUGUUCUUAUACAAUAGAUAUCCAUCCAAUUAUAUUAAUCAACAAUUCCAAAAAUUCUUUGCUGACUAUAUGUCAUCAUCUUCUUCGCCAUUUAUACCUAUGAUUACUAAUCCAAGUCAAUUUUUUGCAUUACGUCAAAAAUUAUACACUCAACCGACGGCUAAACAAACGCAACUUGCAACGAGUGCAGCUGCUGUUCAUCUUAUACAAAAUACUCAAAAUGUUACACAAAGAAAUACAAACAACAUGGAGGCAACAGUCAAGCGAAAUAAUAAUAAAUUCAAAAACAAUCUCUUUGUACAUGUUACACACGAGGCAAGACUCAAAGGUUUAGCACGAGAAAUACAUAUGAUACACGAUAGCUUCUUCAAGGAUACAAGUUAUGCGGAUAUUAGAUUAGUUGUCGGUCAUCGAAUCGAUCCAAAUAUAGAGUUCGAACUUUCACGAAAACAUCCAUCUUUAUCAUUAUUGAAAGACCCACUAGAAAAAAACCAAAACAAAAUUAAACCAUUGACAACAGCAACAAAGACUAAUGAACAUUGUUAA